AUGACUUUUGUGCAUCAGUUGUGCAAAAAAUCUGCCAAGUCUAUGAUGUUGUUUAAAACAUCAUCAUAUAGAUCAUUUAAAACUCCAUCUUGCAAGGAAGCUAAUAAAAAAUCUGUUUUUAUUUUUCAAUUCCCAUUUGCAGGAGAGAGAUUUAGUGAUGUGGUUGGUAGCCCAUAUUACGUUGCACCAGAAGUCUUAUGCAAGCGGUAUGGGCCAGAAGCAGAUGUUUGGAGUGUUGGAGUGAUUCUUUACAUUCUGUUAAGUGGAGUGCCUCCAUUUUGGGCUGAGAGCGAGCAAGGGCUAUUUGAAGAAGUAUUACAUGGUGACCUAGACUUUUCAACAGACCCAUGGCCUAGUAUUUCUAAAGGUGCCAAAGAUUUAGUAAGGAAAAUGCUUAUUCGAGAUCCCAAAAGGCGGAUAUCUGCACAUGAUGUUUUGUGCCAUCCCUGGGUUCAAGUUGGUGGUGUGGCUCCUGACAAGCCUCUCGAUUCUGCAAUAUUAAGUCGAUUGAAGCAAUUCUCUGCAAUGAACAAGCUCAAGAAAAUGGCUAUUAGAGUAAUUGCAGAGAGCUUAUCUGAAGAAGAAAUUGCUGGCCUAAAAGAAAUGUUCAAAAUGAUAGACAUUGACAGUAGUGGUCAAAUCACUUUUGAAGAACUUAAGGCUGGUUUGAAAAGAUUUGGAGCUAAUCUUAAGGAAUCUGAAAUUUAUGAUUUAAUGCAAGUAGCAGAUGUAGAUAACAGUGGAACAAUUGAUUAUGGAGAGUUUGUAGCAGCCACUUUGCAUUUAAACAAAAUUGAGAGAGAAGAUCAUUUGUUCGCGGCAUUGCAUUUAAACAAAAUUCCUUUAGCAUUACUUUUAGAGAGGGUCGUAAACUUUAGUGUCAUAAUUGGCAACAAGGUUCUUAUUUCUUUCAUCCUUCGAAUUUUUUUUUAUAUUUUUUUACAAGAUUUUCUUGAGAGAUCAAGAUUUUACAGUAAGAAGAAGCUUAAAUGCUGGCCUAAGGUAUAGCCAGGGCUCAGUUAUAUAUGCUUUUCUUUGAAUUCAUGGAGAUCUCAGUCAGUGUUUGCAAUGACCUUUGCAGCCAUACCAUGGUUUGUACACCAUGAGAGAAAAAAAAAAUUGUUUUCUUUACCCUUUAGUUUACUUUAUGAAACUCGUUGAAAAUACAUUAUGUACUUCUCUUGACAGAAACUGCAUUUUAUCGACGAUCCAAUUUUCUACACGAAAUGUUUUUCAAGCUUCUCUUGCUUGAUUUUUUAUCAUUUUUCUCUUCAUUCUGUACUAUGCUUCUCACAAUUGUUUCCUGGAAUCAGAGUGGAUGAAAGUAUUUUUCACAUAA